AAGAAUUUGAUGUGGACUCUUGUCUCUGGUUUCUGAAAAUACCUCUUGGAAUUUGCCAGCAAUCAAGGGGCUUUUGUUUUAUAAAAUAACCAAACAACACUUGGAAUGCAUAAAUUAGUAGGAACUACACAGGACCCACUCUAACAACAGGCCUCAGGAAAGGAGGGACAUGGUGCACCCAAUCACGCAAAUUAAUUGAUUAGAUUGGCCAUAACUAUGCAUUAAGGCCCCAGUCAUGCAUGUUCAUUGAGGUUCCAAUGACUAAGGGACACUGGAUCUUGGAGCUGUCUUUGGAGCUUCCCAGACUGGUGAGAACAUCUAUGCUUGGGAGAGGUUACAGCAAGUCUCUGGGGUCAAUGGAAGCUUCAUGCUGCUGGGACCUGUCCCAGACCUUACCUAAGGCAUUUCUUCACUUAUAUCUUUCUGGUUAUAAUAAAUGGGCAACUAUAAGUAUAGGUAGUAAAACCCAAAAAAAACCAUUGCCAUCGAGUUGAAUCUGACUCAUAGCAACACCGUAAAAGGAGUAGAGCAGCCCCAUAGGGUUUCCGAGGCCAUAAUUAUAUCACUUCACUUCACGUUUCCUUCACCUGGCAACUUCCUAAAGCAGAUUCCAUUUUUCAUUCAUCUUAGAAGUCCAAGCACAAUGCCUCAGAUAUACUAGACAUUCAAUGAAUGCCUGCUCAAUAUUUAAACAUGAAUUUAUUAAUGAAAGAAAUAAUAAAUGAAUGGAAAAAAUAGACGUGGCCAUUGAAAAGUCAAAAAUCCCUGUUUUGUGCCCAUUUCUGGCUCUUUAUUUUGUUUAUUUGUUUGUUUAUUUAUUUAUUUAUCUAUCUAUUUAUAUUUUUGCAGCUCUCAUCAGUGGAAAAUUUGCAACUACUCCCAAGCCUGUGAUUUCCCUCAAUCCUCCAUGGAUCCCAGCCAUUGAAGGAGAGACAGUGCUGCUGACUUGCAAUGGAUUUGACUUACACUCACCAAGGAGAAUAACAUGGUACCAUGGGAACACUAACUGGACAACCACAGAAAACACCCUCAAGGUUCACACAGCUGGAGAGUACAGGUGCCAGAUCCAGGACUCAGCCUCUAGUUACCCUGUGCACUUGCAAUUUUCAUCAGCGCCACUAACCCUGCAGGCUCCGGUCUCUGUGUUUCAAGACGACUCUGUGGUUCUGAAAUGCCGAGCAAAGGAGAAUGUAGUACUGAAUAGUCUGAAAAUUUACAAGAAUACAAAAAUCCUGACAGUCCUUAAUAAUAGCCCAGAAUUCCACAUUCAUCAAGCAAGUCUGAAGGACAAUGGUGAAUAUUUUUGUAAAGGAGAUAAGGAAUCUAAUAAAUUUGUUUCUUCAAACUCAGUGAAAAUCGAAGUCGAAGAAUUGUUUCCACUUCCUGUGCUGACAGCCAGACCCUCCCAGCCCACUGAGGGGACCCUGGUGACCCUGACCUGCGAGGUACAACUCCCACCACAGAGGUUAGACAUCCAGCUCCAGUUCCGCUUCUUCAGAGGCAGACAAGCCCUGGGGUCAGGCUGGAGCCAUUCUCCGGAAUUCCGUAUCUUUAACAUGCGGCAAACAGGGUCUUACUCAUGCAAUGCGAAGGCAGUGACUCUCAACAGAUGGAAACAGAGCCAUGAAGUCCAGAUACGCGUACAGAGUGAGUGUUAGUGGGUUCCGAGGUUUGCUGGGGCUGAAGCUGGAGCAGGGAAGAGCGGGGGACAGCUGCACAUGAACGUGGACAACUGGUUCCUGCCUGUGGGAAUGGGAGCUGUACUGGAGAAGAGAUCUCAACUCUUCUGGUCAUCUCAAAAGAGCUUACAACUAGAAAGUCCAAGAAAAGAGAGACAGGAUUUACUUUUUUCUUUCAGUGCCAUAAGAUACAGUUCUUUCCUUUCCCUCCGAAAGCUCUCUUCCCUGACACCAUGUAUUUUCUGCUAGGCCUGUAGACAUAAGCUGUGGUCUAUGGCAAAGAACCAAGCCCCUCUGAGUGGGUUGAAUGGAGUCUGCUCAGUCAGAUGGAUAGAGUCCUACAAUGCUAGGUGCCUAGAGCAGAGCACCUAAAAACAAGAAAACCACAGGACAAAGCUUUGGGAAUAAGCUGGAUUACAGCUUGAUGUCACCAGGGAUGAUGUUGUAUCCAUUACUACUUUUGCCUAAGUCUCUAAAACUGUAUAGGUACUCAAUCAUGACAGCCAACCAUUGCCAAAAUGCCUCCCCUGAUUAAAUUUGAUCUGUCCUAUAGGAAAUCUUCUUGAUCAUUAGGAAGGAACUCACAAAAUUUUUUGACUGGGGAGGGGAAUAUCCAAAUUCAAUGCAGAUCAGCAAUCUCUGGCCAAAGAGAAAUUACAGAGUUCAGCAUUACUUGGCUAAGAUAAUACUCAGUUCUUGAUUCCCCUGUCAAUAAACAGAAGGCCAGCCAUUCCUGGUUAUGACUCUUCUCUCACUGGCACCCUACAAAUUACCCUCUUACCUGCUUCUUGUUUCAUCUCCAAGCCAUCUUAAUGUCUUUC